ACGCGAUUCCAAGAGCUGGAGCCUCUAGGUGCGCAGAUUGUAUUCUCCGCUUGAGAAGCAUGAGUGGUGAAUAUAAAGUGUCCCUCCUUUUCGGGUUGGUUUUCCUGGCGCUGUGCGUCGCCCCCAGUUUCCAAGAGGAAUAUGGCGACUACGAGCGAGACGCGGAGGAUGAGUGGUCUCUCCAGGCUAAGGACAACAUCCUGGAGGACGACGAUCAAAGAGCCAAAGCUCAGGAACAGCCGGAGGUAAAUCCGGAAAAGCCCCUCGAGGUUCCCGGAUCAUCCUCGGAGCCGGAGAAAUUUGCCGACCCCCCAAAACCAGGCGCCCAGGAACCCAAACCCACCGAAGAGCUAUCCAAAACGCCUGAAAAACCUGAAGCCGGGAAGAUAGAGAAACCGGAGAAACCUGAGGACGAGAAGAACAAACUGGAGAAACCUGAGGACGAGAAGAAUAAACCGGAGAAACCUGAGGACGAGAAGAAUAAGCCGGAGAAACCUGAGGACGAGAAGAAUAAACCGGAGAAACCUGAGGACGAGAAGAAUAAACUGGAGAAACCUGAGGACGAGAAGAAUAAACCGGAGAAACCUGAGGACGAGAAAAAUAAUCCGGAAAAUCCUGAGAAUGAACUUGAGGACGCAGACAGUGAUAAUGCAGUUCUACCCCCAGGUCUUGGUCUGUGUCCUUUCUUGCGAGUUUUGGAGCACAUGAUGGACGCGCUUGGGCUACUUUGCAGAUCCCACAGACAAAUGAUGAUGGGGAAUCCAAUGAUGAUGAAUUUCCCGCCUAUGAUGUCGCGCCUCCCAGAGCACCGUAGUACAUUGUUUAUUUUCGGGCCCAUGCCUAGAUCCGGACUCACUCGCAUAAUCAUGCCUUUGCCAAUGUUAUCAUCGCCACAGCCCCCUACCCCGCCCGACUACCCCCAUCACCGUGUGAAGCGAUACUAUUGAAACAAAAUUAAUACUGACUCCCUCAGAUCUUACAAAUACUCUUCUGGUAUUCACGACUCUUGCAAUCUUGUUGAAUGAUGAUUAUUAUUUCAAGUAAAUGCUGUUAUGAUCAAUCAUUUAA